AGGAAGUGUCAGGAGCCUGUGAGGCCUGAAACGACCAAGGGUUCUUCUAUUGAAUUUAUGGUUUAUCUGACGCCGCAGCACAAGAAAAAUGGCAGCACAGCCGUAAUCACAAGGUUCAGCUCUGCUGCUCUUGGCACUUUUUGUAAAUUUUCAGUUUAUACCAUCAACAAGUGCAGCCCCAAUUGAUUGCCAGAAGAACACUGCUGUCUGCUUCGAAGAAAUCAUGAAGGAACUGACCCAACUUCGAUUUGAGGUUAAAAUUCUCACCGAGAACAGAGCAUUGGUGGGAUCUAGGAACUGUGCUGAGCUGUACAAAUCCGGACGAAGGAUCAGUGGUGUUUACACUAUCGACCCAGAUGGUUCAGGCGCCUUUAAUGUAUAUUGUGACCAAACUACAGCCAACGGGGGAUGGACAGUGAUCCAGAAGAGAAUGGAUGGCUCCGUUGAUUUUAACCGCACCUGGAACGAAUACAAACAUGGCUUCGGUAACUUGGUCGGUGAGUUUUGGCUCGGACUGGACAAGAUAAACCGCCUGACUCGAAACAAGACAAAGAAUAAGCUUCGGGUAGAUCUGGGGGUAACUACUGGCAAAACUGUUCACCCUGAGUAUGACUGGUUUGGGAUUGGGAACGAGACAGCUAAGUAUCGGCUAUAUAUUGGCAAUAUUACAAAUGCCACCGUUUCCUCUGAUUCCCUCGGUCCCCACAGGAAUCUCGUUUUUGGUACCUGGGAUAGAGAACCUGUUGAUUGUGCUCAAAGAAGUGGCAGAGGCUGGUGGUAUGGCAACGGUAUUAAAUGUGCUGUUUUUUCAAAUCUCAAUGGUAUUUAUCCGCGUUGUGGAAGGAACACUUCUGCAGAUAUUCACUGGGCAGAGUUAGAUCGAACCAGUGCCGAAGGCAGCGCUCCUUCAUCAACUGAAAUGAAAAUUAGACCGGUGGACUUUUAAAAACUUUGUUAGAGAUAAGUACACAGCACAUAAGUAGAUAGUGAUUUUUUAGCGUGCUCUGAUAAUAUC